AAGCACAAGUUCAAACAGCAGACCCGGGCUCAGUUCAAACCAAUUGGGUUACUAAGUGCUGAAGGUUUAAUGUUUCGCCGUCAGUGUUACAGACAGCAGGCUUUUUUCACUGGCAGAUAUCUGGCAUUGAGUGUGGAGAAUGGGCAGCAGUAGCAGUAAGUUAUGCUGCUGUAAAUCUAGUAAGAAGAAAGAAUCUCCAUCAAAAGAACACCAGGAAUUUCCUCAAGAAUUAGCAGCGCUUCAUGGAGAUGGUGAUUUACUGGGAAAUAUUUCUGAACAGCUACAGAAGUCAGAAGCAGCCCUUCACAGGAGACAUGAGAAAGAGUUGCAAGAGACCACAGAGGAGCACAAGAGGGAACUUACACAACUUAAAGAUCAUCUCUGUUCAAUUCAUAGUGCAGAGAAAAAACAGCUUCAGCAGAUACAUGCUGAGGAUGUUGAGAGACUGAAAAAGGAACUGCAAAAGAAAGAAGCUGCACAGUCAGAGUCCAGAAUAGAGGAACUGAAAGCCAGCCACUCUGAAUAUGUCAAAAUCCUAAGAGAGGAAUGUGAGACUGCGAUAGCAGGGCUCAUAAAGCUACAUAAACAGGAGCAGAAAUCAUUGACUGAAUCCUUUACGAAAACUAUCACGUGCCUUCAGGAAAUAAUUGAAGAGCUGACUGCCCAUGUCAACACAUUUCAAAAGAAGACAAAGAAGAUUGAGGAUGCAAUAUUAAGAAGAGAUCUCAGUAAAGACAGUCAGGACUCACAUCCACCGAACUUAUUCUGGGAGCAGGAACUGGAGAGUUUACAUUUUGUGGUGGAAAUGAAGAAUGAAAGAAUCCAUCAGUUGGAUAAGGAAGUGUUACAGAUGAAGAAUCUGAUUGAAAUAAAUAACAUACUUGAGGAGAAAGUUAAAAUCCUUCAACAAGAAAACGAGGACUUGAAAGUUCGCCUGUCAAACCAACAGGAGUUUGCAAGACAAUUAUCCAAAGAGCACGUGGACCUGCAACAGACUUUGGAGAAAGAAGCUAUGGCCAAAGAACGACUUUGUCAGGAGAAAGACGAACUGGUGUGGAAACUGCAAAAUGGAAACGUGUCACCUACUGUAGAAACUUCAUGGAAACCACUUCACUCUGAGUCAUUAGACUUGUCCUUAAGGUGACAGUAAAUAUCAGAAGAAAAGGAAUUUGACAAAAAAACUUCUCUGAGUCAAAUUGGAAACAUCUACCUCAACAUGCUUGAUUUUGAUUAUCUCAGUGAAUUUCAGCCCUGAACUGCUGAGAGCCAUCAGCUGAAUUUUAAAAAAGGCUACUGCAAUGUUACCAAUCUCCAAAGGAAUUAUGAGUUGAACUGAUGAUGGACUUGGAUGAAAGGAGAAUUAAACUUUGAUUUAUAUGGUCCAUCCUGCACAUUUAUGCAACUGUGUUUAGCUCUGAGACACUUUAUUAAUGGGUAUUUGCUGUUUGUUUAUUUUCCUUCACAAUUUCAGAUACUUUAAAGUGUUCUUUGUUUUAUCAAAAUAGCACCCAUUUGAGCUGCAUGCUUAGUGAAAUUAGUCUUCCUUGACACUUGUUCACUCUUCCAUUUAAAAAAAGCAAAAAUGAUCUUAUUUUUAUGUUAAAAAUAAAAAUGUUAAUCCUAGCAGUUAAUCCCUAAAAUUGAUAGUGGGCCAUGUAGAUCAUGAUACUCGUCAUACAGUCACAUCAGCGUAGAGUCUAAAGAAGGUAACUUACAGUCACCUUUAAUAGAAGAAAAAAAUUCUAAUUAUUCAUGAGGUAAGAAGUAUGAUAGCCAUGUGAAAUUCUUAAAUAUUACAAAGUGAAAGCUGGCAUGAUGCACAAAUACAAAUAGGAAUUAAUCUCAGUUUUUAUUUGCAUAUAAGUCAUGGUUUAGAAAGUACAAAAUAAGUACAAAGCUUAAUACAUUAGCUGUAAAUGAUAAUGUCUACUUGCAUCUCAAAACAUAAUUAUAAGCGCUUUGUAACAUUAUGGUCGUAUUUAGAAUGAGCAGUUAGAUCAAAUCGUUCAGAAGUUUUAAAAGAUUCCUGAUUACUCCUGCAAAGUAUCUUCUGGAUUCCUCAGGUUUUCUAUAAAGAAUUGUUUAGUCUUCAGUAAUACUGUUGGUGCUUGAUAAUGCCUGUGUACACUAUUGCAGAGGACAGUCCACAGUCCUUGUUAGAAAAGGACUUUGGAAGUCAGCUUCCUCACCCCACUGAAACUGCCAACAGCCUAUAAACUCCAUAUGUUUCCAAUGAAAGUGAUGAUGCUAAAUAGCAUGGUGAUAAUCAAAGAGCUCUACAAUGAACUCAUGGUAGUGCAAAUAGUUCACAGACAAUUGUAGUACACACAGAGUACUCAAAAAUACCAGUCAGUCAGAUAAGUGAACUGCAGAAUAUUAGGAAAACCAGAUAAUCAGAAAGAAGUGCAGACCUGGAAUAAGUAAGAAUAUGCAAUACUAAUAAAUACAGAAAAUAAUAGCACUUUAUAGACUUUAAUGAAUAACUAGAAUUUUGCAUUAGAUUCUGAAGCCACCAAUGUGUAUUUAAAAUAAUGGAAUGGCAAAAGUUUCAAAGGUAAAAUUGAGUGAUUGUUCUGGUGUCAGCACUUGUAUUUCCUUUAGGUUUGUGCAGUAUUUAAAAAUACCUGACUGCUUUUCUUCAGUUCUCUAAACAAGGGCAGGUCUGACCCACAGUGCUUGAACUUCCUCCAUGAAGAUGGCAAGGAGGCAAUUCCUGAAAUCUCCAUCUACAAUAAGGAUCAAACCUCAUGCUAUUGGCAUCAAUCUAAUCCCCACUAGCUUUCUAACUAAUUGAGCCAAUUGGCUUCAAACAAACAAGGCAUCCAAGUUGCUGUGGCAAGAUAUUUCAUUGUAAUCCAGAGCUAUGAAUGGUCACAGUAGAGGCUCCAAUUAUUUUCCAUAACAUAGAUGACUAAGAAUCUUCCCCAGCCUUGCCAUCUGCCAUAGUCAAAUGUAGUAAGAUUUUACAAAUUGAUACUCAACCUCUUUAGGGCACAUUAAAAAUGCACCUUCCUUGGCCAUCAAAUCCUGGAGUGGAUGCCAGAGUUUCUGGCUCGAAGGCAGGAACACUACCACAGCACCACCAGACCUCACUGCCUUUACACGUAGCUAGAAAUAUUAGGGUUUAAUGUCACUCAUUACAAAUAAUGUAGUUAUUGAAGGAUGUUUGGACUGACUUAGCUGAUUAUCAAAAAGGAAAUGUAUUCACUGUAUAUUUUAUAUCCCACCUAACACAAAUGGUGCAAUCAUAUUGGGUAUAUGUAAAAGAUGAGAAUUUUAAUUGAUUUGAAUUUUCAUAACAGCAUACAAAUAAAGAAGUGUUUUUUUUCUAA